ACUCAGACUCUGCCCCUCUGGAACACGGUGCGUCAUUCACACUCUUACCCCCUUCUCUCUCUCUCUCUCUCUCUCUCUCAGCAGAGACCCCAAAGACGUGCCCAUGGCUGCCCGCUGUUGGUGCCCGCCCUUGGUGCUGAUCUCCCUGCUGCUGCUGGUCCCUCGCCCGGUCUCCAGCGUGUGUGGGACAGUCACGGCCAAAGAGUGCAAAGCUGCGACCCCGAUGCCAGGGGUGGAGAAGGUGGGCGAGGGUUUUGACGUGGUCCACAUGCGUGGGACGGGCACCUGGGUGGUGGACACCCAAACCUGGCAGCUGCCGAAUGGGGGCUGCACACUGUGCCACAACGAUCAGCUGGGGGGCAAGCGUCAGCGGUUGCCCCAAGCCGUGCAACACUGGCAUUCGGCAACGGACUGUCGGCGUCACCUGUCCGGCCAGACCUUCGAUUCAACGGAGGAGGUAAGCAAGUCGGAGAGCAGCGAGCUGGACAGCAGCUGGAGCGCCCACCUGGACGUGGAGCACAAGGAUAUGUCUGCCGCGGUUUCUGCUGCCGGCUCGCACUCCCAGCAGACCGAAUUUGCCCGGCAGAAGGCCUCCAGCGACCGCUACAGUUUCAGCCGCCUGUCCUUCAGCUGCCGCCUGUACCAGGCGCGGUUGGGCCACCAGCCACCACUGCAUCCGCACCUGCGGAAGCGUCUGCGCACCCUGCCUCGUACCGGUGGCACCAGCAAAGCCGACUUCCUCUACAGCGACUUACUGCGCACCUUUGGCACCCACUAUGUGGUGGCCGUGGAUCUGGGCGGCGCCUACACUGACCUCACCGCCCUCCGCACCUGCCAGAUCGCCCUCAACGGGCAAACCCUGGAUGAGGUGAAAGACUGCCUGGAGGCGGAGGUGCAGCUGAAGAUGACGGGCAAGGUGGACUCUGGCGCCAAGGGGCAACGCUGCCGCCAAGACCGCAGCAAGAUGGAGGGCAAGCUGACCUUCCACCAGACCUACAGCGAACGCCUCACGGAGGUGACGGGCGGCAGCCUAGGCAGCAUGGACAACAUCUUCAACCCCCCUUCCUCCUCUGACUCCUUCUACUUCUCCUCCAACUCCUCCCUCUCUACCUCCUCCCCCUCCUCUGAUUCCUUCUCCUCUUCCCCCUCCCCAGACGAGUCCAUCUCGCCCUCUCCCUCCAUCUUCUCCUCCUUCCUCUCCUUCUUCUUGCCGUCCUCCUCCUCCUCCUCCAUCUCCAACCCCCCCUCCAAAGACUCCUUACCUUCCUCCAAUGACUCUUCUGACUCAGACUCCCCCUCCAACUCCAAACAUUCCUCCAUCUUCUCCUCCUCCUCCAACUCCCUCCCCUCCUCCUCCAACAACUCCCUACCUUUCUCCGACUCCUUCUUCGCCUCCUCUUCCCCCGGCGGCUCUUCGGCCUACACCUCCUGGCUAGCCUCGCUGCCCGCGCACCCUGGGGUGCUGCACCGCACCCUGGAGCCGCUCCACCUGCUCCUGCCCUCCAGCGACCCGCGGCGGGGUCUGCUGAAGGCGGCCAUCAGCCGCCACAUCCUGCAGGCGGGAAAGAAGGCGAUGAUGAAUCAAUGCCCCGGGGUCGGGACCGAGCCGUGCCCGGGGGGCGGCCGCACUGACCCGAGUAGGCCCUGCAGCUGCCGUUGCCAGGGGCAACCGGAGGUGAGCGCCGACUGCUGCUCCCGCCGGCGGCGCUUGGGGGCGCUGCGGGCGGAGGUCCACCGGGCUCGCGGGCUGUGGGGCGACUGGUUGUCGCAGACGGACGCCUUCGUGCGCCUGCGCGUGGGGCCGGCGGGAGGGGGCGCCGCCACCGCCACCGGGUCCACCGCCGUCAUGUGGAACAACAACAACCCCGUGUGGGACGUCACCCUGGAGCUGGGCCAGGUGAAUCUGGUCCACGGCCCCCACGGCGACACCGUGCUCACCGUCGAGGUGUGGGACCGCGACCACGGCUGGGACGACGACCUGCUCGGCUCGUGCCAGGUGCGCCUGUCCUCCGGCCACCGCGAUCACGUGUGUGACCUGAACCACGGUAGCCUCACCUACUCGCUCACCCUCACCUGUGGCCCGCACCUGGGCGGCGACCUGUGCCAGGAGUACAUGCCGGGUAGAUGAGGCCCUACCCGCCUCUCAUUCUCCCAUCAUCCCCUCCCUGCCCCACACCUAUCAUACCCUCCCUCAUCCUCACCUGCCUCACCCUCCCCUUCCCUAUUCACCUGCCUCAUCAUCCCCUCACCUGUGGCCCGCACCUGGGCGGCGACCUGUGCCAGUAGUUCAUGCCCGGGAGAUAACACCCCACCCCCCCUCAGUUGCCUCAUCAUCCUCUCCCCAUCCUCCCCUGCUUCACCAUUCCCUCCCCUUCCUCAUCCUCUCCUCUAUCUCCCUUCCAUUCCUCCAUCUUUCUCACCUCCAUUCCUCCCUCAUU